AUGUUUUUCUCUGAUGGGAGUGGCAGCUGUGAUUAUUGUAUUGUGAGUGCUUUGUGUACUGUUGGUAUCCUGUUGUUGUUCUUUUCUUGUGUUUUUCUUUUCCUCUCUGUAGGUGUGUGGCUCCAUGUGCAUUUUAGGGAAUUCGGCAGUGCCUCUCUGAUAUCAGCAUGUGAGGCUGUCAUUGUGUCUGUGUGCACUGUGAGUGGGAAGAACGCUUUGUGUUGCUGGAUCACUCCACUGCGGCCUCUGUGGGGUUUGUGUGUAAGCGGCAUGCUUUGCUUCGGCGGGGCUCGAGGGGCACUUUACGUCCCGAGGCGCUGA